AUGUUCUCUCUCUUUAUAUCUUGUCUAAUCGUCGCAGGGAUUCUGUGGUUUAGGGGUAUAUACCCAUAUGUGAACGCAGAAGAAGAAGUGUUGCAUGCUCCUAACGGGAACAACGAUAGCUUCAAGCUGCUCCGUGUGGAAGGUGACAAGGUAUUCAUUGGAUCCAGAAAUCGAGUUUAUUACCUGCAAUUUGGGGCCUUCAAACAAAUAUCGACCCUGGAUUGGGUACCAGAUAAUAUAUCCACAUCCACGUGUAUUGGACGAGGAAAGAAAGAAUGCGACAACUAUAUCCGAGUCAUGGUGCUGAAGAACGAGAGCCUCUACUACAUCUGUGGGACGUACGCUUACCAGCCCAGGUGCAGACACUACAUUAUACAGGAAAAUGGCCAGUUUAAAAUGACCAGGAAUGACUAUGACGUCGGCACAGGAAUCAGCCCAUUCAACCCCCACCACAAUUCUACGGCUAUUUAUGUUG